AACAAUCCAGAUGAAGACGACUCCCCUACCAAUACAGCUCUUCCUACUCGUACAGUUGAAUUGGCACGUCAAUUGCGCCAGGUGCUCAUGAACUUCGAAGUCGCGCAUCAACAGUCACAUUUGAAUCAGCAGCAACAGCAACUGCCACCAUCCUCAUCAUCUCAACAGUCAAAUGAAGUUCCUCUUCUUCAAUCUCCCAUUGGCGAGAAGAAGAUAAAACUCGAGAUGACCACCAGUGAGCAAGAGGCUUUUUCGCAAGGAGAACGAGCCCUGACUUCCGCUCCAAUGGAUUCUACUGAGGUCUACUUUUACAACGACUCUAUGCUGAUACCUUCUUGCCUAGCCAAUCCUGCUGCGACCAGACCUGGAGCUCCGUCGAAUCAGGAGGCUCGUCCUGAUGUUAAAAGUGGCCUUCAGAGACAAGAUAUGGAGAGGGAUGGCAACGAAGAAGUUCGUGGACUUAGCUGGGACCAGACUCUCAAUAAAUAUGCCCCUGAUAUUAACGCAGUAGCUGAUGCCUCAUUUUUAUGCGGCCAGCCUGCUGAGCAAAAGCAGCAGAGUGUCGAUUUGUUAGGUGAGCCGCAGUUAAGAUCUCCUGAUGGAAGCUCGCGAGACGAAGAGGGAAGACAUUUGAGGCAACAGCACCAGCCAGAACAGCAGUUUCACCAGACUGUGCCGUCAACCAGUUGUUUUCCUCUCCCUCUUAUUCCUUCCGAUGUUCUUCUUACAACCUCACCUCUGCCUCUCUCACAUUCUCCUCACUUGUCUGCGGAGUUCAGUCAGCGUCGACCCACCCUGUCUUGUGUGACUAGUGAAGAGACGUCCUCCAUAGAGCAGCGGUUACAACCUCAGCGAAAGUCAACUUACUCGACAUCAGCUACAAGCACAAGGCUGUCUGAGUCGACAGAUGUGUCUGCCGAUUCGGAGAGGUAA